AUGUCAUUGCUAGGGAGUUUAACAUUUCCUGUUCCGUACUGUCGUCGUAUUGCUUGUGAGCUCUUUCUUUGUAUCCACCUCGGCCUCGCAAUCGUCUAUCUAGUGUCGAUUUGGAAUCACAUAUGGUCUACCUCCCGGUUCCCUCGAACCUAUUUAUAUGUCCCACUGGGAGUGAUGUCAUUCGUCAGUCUCCUGCACCUGAGCAUCUUUGUCUGUGGGAACAUGAGUUUGUGGUCUUGGAUGCGGUCUCAUCCGUUCAUGGUCACAUCCUGGUCGCCCGGCAAGCAGGAAGUCCUGGAACUAUUAGUGGAAGCCCGUCACGGAUUUACCCAAGCUUUACAGCGUGCCACUGCGUUGACGGGAUCAGCUACGUUCCGUGCCUUUGUCAGCGGCCCCCACGGGACUGAUAAAUCAGUGGACCAGUAUGAGACAGUCCUUGCGGUUGCCAGUGGGUUUCAGCUCCUUCAUGGUUACAAGACGUCGACGUCCCGAGUGCGUCGGGUGCAUCUGGUCUGGCAAUUCCAAACUUUAGGUGGACAGAUCCUGGAAACCUCAUUCUAUGUGGAAUCAUCCACAGCGAGCAAGAGAACGUUUGGCAAUCAUAACCGCGCAGUUUCAUACAAUGGGAUACCUGACUAUGAGCGGAUCAUCUCGUCCGAAGCUUCUGGAGACUUCGUCUCUAGAGUCACUAACACGGAGGAAGAGCGAGGCAGGACUCUUUACUGGGUAGGUCUUGCUUUCUCAAAGUGCGUGUACCACGAGAUUGUCCGCGCUUAUCUCAGGCGGAAGGCCACUAUGCACGAGGUAGAAUUUCAACCAGAUUGA